UUGGCAUACACCCAGUGGAAUUCCCUAGGUGCAGCUCUCCACACAUUCUUAACAAUUUUGGCACCAAUCCCGUCCAGUCCCGGAGCAGUGUUGGGCAACGCCCUGACUAUACCCCCCAAACACCCAAUGCAUCAUCAACAGCAGCAGCAGCAGCAGCAGCAGCAGCAGCAGCAGCAUCGUCGUCGUCGUCACGUCGUCACGUCGUCUUCAUCGUCAUCAUCAUCAUAA